AAUUUAGUCUGAAUUAAUAGUAAAAUGUUGUUAGCACCAGUAUUCUCAAUGAAACUACAACAUAAAAUCAUUCCACGAAUGGUUGCAAUAGGGAAAUAUGAUGGCAAACAUCCUUGUCUCAGUGCUGCUACAACUGCAAAUAAAGUUUUCAUCCAUAACCCACAUACUCGAAUUGGAAAUUACAGUGGCCGUCUAGAAACAGGACAGCUUUCUGCUGAUAUUUCUCUAUUAAGUAUCAACCAGCAAGUGAGCUCUGUCGCUUGUGGUUCUUUAGAUGAAUCUUCUAGAGAUAGAUUGUUUGUUGGAACACCAACAAACUUACUUGCUUAUGAUGUUGAAAAUAACUCAGAUCUUUUCUACAAGGAGAUGCCUGAUGGGGUAAACUCCUUGUUGAUCGGAAAUCUUGGCACUAACAACACUAGACUUGUUCUUGCUGGUGGUAAUUGUUCAAUACAAGGGUUUAAUAAAGAAGGGAAUGAUGAAUUUUGGACGGUCACAGGUGACAAUGUUUGUUCAAUGGCUUUAGUUGAUUUUAAUGGAGACGGUUUAAAUGAGCUUCUUGUUGGUUCAGAGGACUUUGACAUUCGUGUAUUUAAAGAUGAUGAAAUAAUUGCAGAAAUGACUGAAACUGAGGCCGUUACAUCUUUGUAUCCGCUCUAUGGUACCAGAUUUGGUUAUGCUUUAUCUAAUGGUACUGUAGGUGUUUAUGAUAGAAGUGCAAGGUACUGGAGAAUAAAGUCAAAAAAUCAAGCAGUAACCAUUCAUAGCUUCGAUUUGGAUGAUGAUGGAGUCCCUGAACUAAUUACAGGAUGGUCUAAUGGAAAAGUUGAUGGGCGUAGUGAUCGAACUGGUGAAGUGAUUUUUAAACAAAAUUUAUCAUCAGCAAUUGCUGGAGUACUUGAUGCUGACUAUCGUAUGGAUGGAAAAAAUCAGCUAAUAGUUUGCUCUAUGGAUGGAGAAGUAAAAGGUUUUGUACCAGUAAUCGAAAAUAAAAACCCUGUUGUUGAAUUAAAUGCGCAGCAAGAUGUAAUGCAUCUAAUGAUGCAACAAAAAAACAGUCUUUUGUUGGAAGUUAGCAAUUAUAAGCAAAAUACCAAGGUGGUCGAUGAAUUAACAGAGGGAGCAGGUGUACCUACAGAGGGAGCAGGUGUACCUACAAGUGCAAGCUCUAUUCCUGCUAAUACUCAACUUCAGACUUCUUUAAUUGUGGUUAGUGGUGAUGAAAAUAGCCUGCCCUGUGUUGAACUGACAGUGCGAACAACUAAUGAUACCAUUAUUAAAUGUAUCAUAAUGUUUGCAGAAGGUAUUUUUGAUGGCGAAAGUUAUGUUGUCCAUCCACAAGAAAAUAAUCUAUCUAAUUCAGUGCAAAUACCUAUAUAUAUUCCAAAAGAUAUUCAAGUUGAUCUUCAUAUUAAAGCACUUGUUGGAUACAAAGGAAGCUCACAAUUUCAUGUGUUUGAGCUAACUCGCCAACUACCAAGGUUUGCCUUAUAUGAAUUAUGUGGUGAUAAAUAUGCGCAACCAAAUUCCUUUGUCAAAUUUGAUAUUAAAGAAAGAGUAAACAGGGUUGUAUUAUGGGCUAACCAAAGUUUCUUGCUUGUUUCUGAUGUGGCUGCAGUCAAUGGGGAACUUGAUUUGAAGUUUUUUGCUGUUCGUACCCAAAAACCUUUGCACCUUCACUUUUCUGCAACUGGAGAGGUUACAAUACAUUCUAAUGAUAUGGAUCUUGUUGGAAAUAUUAUUCAAAGUUUAGCUUCAUUUCUAGCUAUACAGGACCUCCAAUCAGUAGUAGAGUUUCCUGAUCAAAUAGAAGAACUUAAAGCCAUUCUGAUAAAGGUGGAUGAGCUUCAUGCAGUGCGUGAACGAUUAACUGCUGAAAUGGCUGAUCAUUCUAAUUUAAUACGAAACCUUGUUAUCAGAGCAGAAGAUUCUCGCCUUAUGUUGGACAUGAAAAACAUGCGACGUGGUUACAUAGAACUUUUUGCUUUAAAUACCGAUUUGUUAAACGGUUAUAAGAUAAGGUGUACAAAUCAUGAAGAACUCCUUAAAUAUUUAAAGAUUGUCAAUCAGACGAUACAAAAAGCUGGAAAUUUAAGAGUUGGGAAGUUUAAAACUCUGGUCAUAACUGGAUGUCGCAAUGCGAUCAAAACAAAUGACUUUGCUGCACUCGCUAAAAUUAUUAAAUACGGAGUCUAAAACUGUAUUUGGAACAACAACUACAUCUUUAGUUACAGUUUCCAAAUCUCACGUUAUUACCAAUAUCCGCCAAUCCACAUAACUGCUAUUAUUACCUAAAACUCCACGCCACUAUUGACAAAGUAUUACAAAUUAUUGCAUAAUUACAAAAGAGUUUAUGAAAUUCAUAUAAAAUAUAACAUAAUAUAUUCAUAUAAAAUCAAAUAUUUAUAAAAUAAAAAAGAAGUAUAUUGAAAUUUCUAGCAUGUAGAGUAGAUUUAUUUAUUAAAGUUUUUAUGAAAUUUAUUGUAUAUAGAAAUAAUAAUUUUUACUGUAUUAUUACGACUUGUAAUAUUUUUUAAGAUUGUAAUAAUUAAGUCCCCAAUAAAACAAGAAAGUGUGAAUAUCGGAUUCUUGUCAAACUCGAUAAAACUUAAAGUGGUUUUAACAACAAAUUAAAAUUGCUGGCAGAAAAACAAAUAAAAGAUUUUAAAGUACUAAUUUCUAUAAUAUUUACAUAUUAGUGCAGAAUUUAGUUUUAGGUAUUGUCUUCCUUCGUGACAAAGGGACACUAUAUCCACGAAGGCUUCGUGCGUUUGUACAAGAAAUUUUUAAGUCAUUAGGAAUUGUAACAUCCACAAGGUGUUCUUAAGUUCUAAAACCGAAGAUCGUAAAGUUUACAUUAGAGUCUGUAUUGUAGUAUUUGUUUAACUUCUAUAAUUGGUCGAUUUUAAUUAGGUAUUUCUGUUUUAUUUUAUUUUUAAGUUCUAAAUCUUUAUUUUUAAAAUUUUAAUAGUUAUUUUAAACUUUUAUGAGUGGUAUGAAUUCUGGAAACCCAAUUCACGCGUUGUAUGUAUUCUUCAACAUCAUUGAACUCCUAAUAUAUGUGAUUUUAAUGUUUUAUGCCUUAUAUUUGUGGAAAAAUUUAUCUUUAUCCAUUUUUAAAGAUUUUUUUUGUGUAAAACUAACUAAUAAGUAUGCACUUAGAAAUAAUAAUAUAAUAUAUGAA